UCCAGUCGAUAUGUAGGUUUGUUCAUAAGCCGUAUUUGAGAUUUUCGCUGAUUCACAUAGCUAAGUUAGCUUAGAGGGAUUUUAGUGGAAUUUGGCAUUUUGAGUGUGAUUUUUUAGACCAUAUUAUGUGAAUCAGAAAGCUGAAAGGUAUGUAGAGGCUUUUGAAUCAGGGAGUUUGUAUUUUUGUAUUUUGGGGUUUGGGAUGAUUUCAAAUUUUUUAUAAUGAGCUUAGAUUCCCAGAGCCAAAGCCAGAGCCAGUGGUUUAUAAGAAUAUGAUAUCAGAUUGCUGUCAGUUAUGCCCUAACAAACCAUACAACUACAUCUGCAACCCUCAUAAAGUAUGUUUCUCAGCAUGCCCUAGUUGCGUAAUGAUAUUGCACUCAAAUUGCUAUUCUCCUGCCUCUCCCUAAUCCCAGCCCCAAAAAUUUCCUCCCUCUUGAACCCUACGUAUCCAGGAUCAGGACUACUCCAGAAGAGAUCCAGGCUAAUAUAGCUGCUAUUAAGAAAGUACUCAAGAAAAUGAAGAAUUAUGCACUCAGAGUUAUGAAAAUGGGCAAAGAAGAGACCCUAGUCAUGGAAAUUGAUGGGCUUGAGCUGGAGUUUAGAAGUUUAGUGGUUAGAGUGGAGGAGGGGGUUGGGGAUUACAGGCAACUAGACACACUCUACUCCAACCUAAGCUCAUUCUCCCAACGUGUACACUCCCACAAUUGCUUCAGAACAAUCUCAGCAUACUGCUUCCACCAGGUUUCUGAUGAAAAUCUGAAAGAACAAGGAGAAGAAACCUUUAUUAAAAUAAUUGAGAAGGAAGGAUUUGAGGAGUACAAAAGAGAGUUCACAUGUAAAAAGAGUUGAAAUAAUAGGGAGAAAUUUAAGCUGUCUUUGGACCUUGCAGAUGCUAAGAAAGAAGAUUUAGCAUACACAAAUUGUGAAUACAAGCAAAAUGACAAACCAGUCAUUCUUUGCAAGGAAUUAAUCAAAAACAAAGCUAGACUUCCUGACAUGAAGAAACUAAGCUUGACUAACAUCCAUAUCGAUCCUGACCUUACAAAUAGCUUCCUUGAACACUGUUUUCCAGAUAAACUCGAGCUACUAACCAUUGACAGGAACGAGAUCAGCAGCUGACCAAUGGAGGCAUUCAUGCCUCCAUUGGUCAAGGCGCUGAAGAACGUUACUCGUGAAAUAUUUAUAAGAGGGUUUGAACUGAGCACGCAGGAUUUUGUAGAUGUAGUGCAGAGUAGUGGGCAGUGUAGGAAGUUGAAGUUGUUUGAUUGUGUGAUUGAGACGAGGAGGGAGUUUAGGCUGGAGAUGUCAAGGGAGUGUAGACUUGAGGUGCUGGAUUUGGAGAGGUGUGGGAAGUAUAGUGACUGGGGGACGGAGGAAGAACAGCUUGAUAAUGUUUUGAAGGCGAUUUGUGAGAGUAAUUUGAUGAGGAGCUUGAGAGAGAUUGCAGUAGCUGAUGUUGGGGUUAGUAAAGAGGAGAUUCAGAAGAGAAUGAAUGGAUUCCUUAUGGAAUUUGUGAAGGCCCCAAUUAUAACAGAGAAUGCAGACUGGGACGCUGAAGACUAAAGACCAAACCAAGUUAUAAAAAUAGAAUUUCA